GAUUGCGAGCAAGAUGUUGUGGUUAUACGUACUCGUACUAUUAUACACGUUCUAUUACUUUGCAAAACAAAAAUAUACUUAUUGGAUAAAAUUAGGUGUCAGAGGACCUCGUCCACUACCUUUUUUAGGUAAUUUCGGAACUGUGAUACUGCAAAAGAAAUCAGUGAAUCAGUGUAUAAAAGAUAUUUAUAAACAAUACCCAGAAGAAAAAAUUGUUGGCAUCUACCGUGGCUUUCAACCUCUCCUGCUAAUCAGAGAUCCAGAAUUAAUCAAACAGAUAUUGAUUAAAGAUUUUCAAUUUUUUCAAGAUAGAGGUAUCAGUAGAUCUCGUAGUCGUAUUGCUGAAAAUCUGUUUUCUGUUGAAGGUGAAAAAUGGAGAAUUUUGAGGCAAAAGCUCACACCCGUAUUCACGUCUAAGAGAUUGAAAGACAUGAUACCUUUAAUUGAAAACUGUAUUGAAAAUUACACUAAUUAUGUGGAAUAUAUUGUUGAAAGAAAUAUUGACCAUGAAAUAAGAUUGUUAGCAUCCAAAUAUACGCUACAAGCUAUUGGUUCAUGCGCAUUCGGUCUUGAUAUUGACACCUAUACAGAUAGUCAAAAUAAAUUCACAAUAAUGGCUAAAAGGGUAUUUUCGCCGAGUACCUUUCUUAAGUUUAUAACUAUUCUAGAUAUAAUUAUACCCGGUUUAAGAAAAAUGUUUAAUACAAGUGCGGAUAUAAAUGAUUUCUUUUUAAAUCUUGUUAAAAACGUUAUUGAGGAAAGAAGAAAUAAACCCAUGUUAAGAAAAGAUUUCAUGGAUCUAAUGAUAGAGUUAAAAGAAAAAGGCAAUCUUAGCGUAAAAAAUGAAAAUACAGGAAUGUCAGAAAUUUAUAUUGACAAUGAAUUAAUAGCUGCUCAAGCAUUGGUUUUUUAUGCUGCUGGAUUUGAGACAUCAUCUGCAACUAUGUCUUUCAUGCUUUACGAACUCGCCCUAAAUCAGAAUAUACAGGAGAAAGUAUAUCAAGAAAUAGUCAAAGUUACUGAAAAAUAUAACAAUAAACUGACUUAUGAAUCAGUUAAGGAGUUGAUAUAUUUGGAAAUGGUAUUUGAAGAAACAUUAAGAAAACAUUCAGUGGCAGGAGUAUUAUUUCGUAAAUGUAAAACAAAUUAUGAUAUACCUGGAACAAAUAUUAAAUUACAAAAAGAUACACCAGUUAUUAUAUCAGUGAGUGGACUCCAACACGACAGUAAAUACUUUUCAAAUCCUGAAAUAUUUAAUCCAGAUAAUUUUUUGCCUGAAAAUAAAAUCAAAAGACCACAAUUCACUCAUAUGCCAUUUGGAGAGGGUCCCCGAAAUUGUAUUGGUAUGCGCUUCGCGAUAGUUCAGACAGUGUUGGGUGUAGCAUCAUUUUUACAAAAAUUCAAAGUACUUCCUUCUACGAAAACAAAAUCUCAGCUUCGUUAUGAUCCUAAGGCUAUAACUUUGACUAGUCUAGAUGGUAUAUGGUUAAAAAUAGUAAAAAGAUAAUAUUACCGAACUUUUUGUAAUUGAUAUUAUAUAUCGGUUUCGAAUUGAACACAUCGGUUAGCGAAAAAAAUUAAGUCGGACUAUUAAAACAAUUACGAUGGCUGAAAAUACGUAGUUUUUCCUAAUUUAAUUUUAACAACAAAGUAUCAAAACCAGAAUUAAGUAGAAUUUUAAAAACAAAAUUUUAAAAACAAAAAUUUUUAAAACUUUGUAUACAAAUUAUGUAGAAUUUAUAAAUGUAAUAAUGUAGUUUCUUUUGUUUAGUAAAAACCUUCUAGACUUACCUAACUUAGCAUUACGUUGACACAAUUGUUAACUGAACAGAGCUGGCUGUUGUGUUGUCUGUAGAAAUUUAGAGGGUACUUUCUCGUGACUGUCUCCACAUUCACGCUUUCAGGAUUGGUGUCCAUUGUUUCAGAUUAUUAAUUCUAGUUGAUAUUAAUAGUACGUAUUAUAAUAAUAUCAUUUUAUAAGUUUUCUCAAAAUAAAUUUCAAUCUGUGUGUAACAUAUUAUAUUAAUUUCUAAUACAAUAUUUAAUUAAACAAAAGUCCUUUUACGUUACGUAGACUACAUAUUGGGUCCCUGUCGGUUGUUUCGCAAAUUAUCUUGCACACAAAUAAAUGAAAUCUCUUAAAUUUUUUACCAUUUUUUGUUACACAAUUAACAGUGAUUAUCUCAUUAAAGAAUCAAAUUAACAAAGUUUAGAUACAAAUGUCAUAGCACGUGAACAUAUAUAUAUAUAUAUGAUUUAACUGACGAUACCCAGCAUAUAUUGUGUAAGAAACAAGUAUUCUUUAUCAUCAUCAUUUUCAUCAAAAGAUUUAUUUCUUGUAACUACUGCAUAUUUAAGUCAUAGGUUUGCAAACAUACUGAUAACUAAAAUCCUUAAAAUUAUACUCAUAUUUUAAUAAAAAACAAAUUAUGCAAAUACUUUAGUUCAUUUAUUUUGGUUUUCUAACAGUAGAAUGGAAACAACAUUGCUAAACCUUAAACAUAUUUUUUGGAAUGUAAUUAUCAUCCGACGUAGACUGUAUGCACAUCGUUGCACUAGACCGUUACAUUAAACUGGCAUUUAAA